UUCGAACGUUCCUAAGCAUCAGUUGCAAGGACGGUUUCGUAAGUGUGAAGUGUCGGUGGUUCUACGAGAUCGAACACCUGCAGCCUUGCAAGUGAAGGUGUGCGAUACAUUUAACCCAGUGAACGGUGAUCGCAACUGCCUCUGCAAUGACUAAGUGCAGUUGUCCAUCGCAGCGCAACCGGAUCAACACACACACACACUCGCAGAGCCUAUGCAGGUGGAUAAUCGUUCUCUUAAACCCUAGCCCUAAUCUACGCUGGAGCCGAGCAUUAGUGAUUCCGAUGAAUGGGUCUUAAGAUUCUUUUAAGGUGAAGAUGGAACUCUACCGAUAGAGAAUGUGACAGGUUUUUCUGAGGACAACCUUGCAUCAGCUUCCAAGCAAGUGGAAGAGUGAAGAGCGGGUAUUGUGGCCGCCAUCUCCACGAAUUUGCAAUGCCGCCCGAUCUUGACACUGUUGAAUUGUCUCUCGACAGUUGUGGUCCAAUUUUUGUAACCCACGUGGAUGUAUACAUUUCCAGUUUGGGAUUUUGUGCCGAACUUAUGAUCCGCAAGGUCUGAUUUUUGCUGCUUUAUCCAACGUGAACAGCUGUGGGUCGCUUGUAUAGAUCAUAUUAUUUUGUUUCAUGGGUUCAAACUAUUUUACAUGGUUUCUGGCUAUCAAUUGUAAGUUUCUUACUCGUAAAAACACUAGGUAAAAUUUCGGGUUAAGCUAGAAUCCACUGAUUCCAGGAGUCUGCAAGUGAAACUUGUGAUGGCAUGAAACCUGAGGCUUGUGGCAGUGUGAAUGGAACUCUACUGCCCCAGUUCCAGUUUCUUGCCACUGCUGAGAUGGAUUUUUCUUCUUGAAGCCAUUUGUUGAGUUGCACUGGAUGCCAUAGUAAAGCUUAUUGCUGCAAUUGUCAAUCUCCCUGUUAUAUCCCAAUAUUCUUAACCAUUCAAGCAUUUUUCUCAGCUUCAGCUUCAGCCCUUUCGCGAAGUAGUUGUGCUAUGUAGGAGUGGGCUUUUUUGUUGAUUGUGUGUUCAAUUUUGUGGUCGAGGAGAUUCAUUCAUCUCGUAGCUCAGCGUUGACAUGGAAAUCAAAUAAGUGGAGAGACUAGUUCAAUCUUCUUUGUUGCUUUGUGGACGAGGACAACUCUUAGCAUUGCUGAAGACUGAUCAAUCGGGAUCAUCAACACUGGGUGAAGAAUCGCAAGCACAUCAGCUAAGUUGCCAGAGAGUUGGUGAUCAUUGAGUUGAAAUACGGUAUGAUACUUAUGGAAAGGCGAGGAGAGGAGGGAUUGACAUAGGAGCGUAUGCAUAAUGUGUCCGUAAUCGACCGACCUUGUUGUUGGAAAAUGAGCAACCGGAGUAAUACGUCGGAGUUUGAGCAGGUGGUAGAGCUUGUAUUUCAAAAUGUGCAGUACUUGCUUACAGUGUCACUGGCCCCGGGUGAUACCCUGUGUGUCGAGGCGGAGCAUAAAACUGAUGGAUCUCGGUGGCGUGGGGACUUUACGGCAAGAUACAUAGAAGAAAUUACUCAUAAAACUGGAAAUUUGAAGAAGUUUUCUGUGUUCGUAAAGAUGCUUCGAUCGGCUAUACUUCAGGAAUCAGACUCCGUGUUCGUGGACCUUUUGACUUACCAGGACUUUGAAAUGCUGAAAAACAGUAGAAAGAUGCGAGAUAUGGGAUCUCAGGCGCUUCGCAGUGUAUCAAAUAAUAAGCGAUAUCUCAUACUUACCUACACUGGAGAGUUUGAUCGGGUUCAUUACCCCCUACCUUUGUUGCAUGAAGUUAAUCCCGAACCAGAAGCACUAAAACGAACCAUUCGUCGUCUGCGGGAUGAAUUAGAGGACGUUAAGGCCCAGCUACAAAAGAGGAUGGACCAGAAUCGUCAUGGACUACUUGAUGACGAUGAACCGGUUCGCACAAAUUCUGAUAGUGCUGAGCUUCGAAAGCUUAGAGAGGAAAAUUCUGUACUCACUUCUCAGCUCACUUGCAUGGAGGACUCCUACAGGAUGUUUGGCUAUGGCACACAAAUUGACCGAAGAGAGGAUGAUGAGCAGCGGAAGAAGCUUCAGAAAGAACUUGCACUCACUCAAAAAAAAUGUGAUAUUCUUUUCUCCAGAAUAGAGGCCAAGCACGACGUACUCAGAGAUGAAGUAUCACCUGCAGAGAGAUUUGAAGCAGGAAACACGAGUGUUGCGCGGAAAAUUGGAUCGACUACAGAUUUACGAAGCGAGCGCAACGUCCAUCGGAAAGCUGUAGCUCGGUUAGCGAGAGAUAAUACCACCCUUACUGAACAGGUAAGCACUCUGCGAGAUGUAGAGAGAAGGUUGAGAGUGAAGUUACGAGAGUCUGAAGGUGAACUUGACAUUUUGAAAAGGAGGUUGAAAAUACAAGGCUCCAGAGAUCUGCCCCCCUCUCGAACCAGGCCCAGGGAAACUUCUUCAGUGGGCCCUUCGACGAGAACGGGAGGUGGAAUUCCAAACGGGCUUCGAAGGCCAUCUCCAAUGUUCACUCGUUCAAACACACAAACAGCAACACGAGGGAGAACUCCAUCUGGUUCCCGACCAUCCUCUUGCCCCUCAUUCAGAAACUUGCGCAACCAGUCUCGUGAAGGGGUCGUCAGUCUUAUUAGAGGACGUUCUCCUGGAAAACAGGGGUCAAUUCGUGCAGUAUCUUCGCGGCCUUCAUUAUCAAGACCUGAUGAUCCAUAUGCCAGAGAGAUUUCUAGAAGUGCUGGGAGAACGCGUCCAGUUGUGACAAAGCUAUCCCGUCAUGAGGUCGAAAUACUGAGUACCUCCAACAGGACACGUACUGCAUCUCCUGCUGAGACAACCUCAAAGUCUGGGAGGAGCAAGGCAUCAAGGGAAAGCCAACGUAAUGCACAAGAGAACGUUAGUCCGUCGCCAGCUUGGAAUAAGGAUAUCAGAAUUCAGUCAUUGCGAGGAGCUCUGAGCAACAAAGAGACUGGUUCAACAGCAACUCCACUUUGCUUCACUACUGAUGAUGAACGUUCCGAGCCGGUAGCGGAGCACCAAGUCGGAUCAAGGCUUGGUUCAAGGGCAAGCUCUCCUGGAACUCUGUUGAGAGACGUGAAAGCUAAACUACACAAAUAUGCAAAAAUGGAAGGUUACAAUAUUAGCGACACAGAAUCCCGUGGCAUGAGUGGUAGCUUGAAGGAUUUCAACGGUGAUUCAUCGCCCAUUGAUAAAUCAGCUGGGAGGUUUGAUGUUAUGAUUGAGAGAGAUUUUGAUGAAGAGCAGGAAGUUACAGACAUCGAUUCACGACUGCAUGCCCUCAAAAAAUUUCUCAGGAUUGCCAAGGCCAGGACAGUCAAAAAAUAACAGAAAGUAAAUGAGUAUAAAGACAUGGUCUUACGCGUAGAUUUGAUUUAUAGAAAAGAAAACGCUGACAAUUCCGCGCACGAUCAAAACCAAUGACUAUCAAAGUAUCGUAACGGUACUUGCUAUUUGCAUCGUCAAGAA